UGCAAAUACUCGUGAUUUAUCAAUGAAAUGAAAUCUUUUAAUUUCAGAGAGAUAAAGGUUGAAAAUGACGGAAACAGAGUUGCAGGAGGAGUUGAAGCUACCUGAGAAAGGGUCGAAGGUAAUUUUUUUCCGAGGACUUGUUGACAGCUUUCUUGAGAGAGAACAGUAUGCUUCUGCUUUAUUUUGGGCAGAUAAACUAGUGACCCUGUCAACAGAAAUGGAUGAUAUUUAUCUGCUUGGACGAACACUAAUUCUAUCCAAACAUUAUCACAGGGCAGAGCAUCUUAUUACAAGUAGGAAGCUUCAGAGUAAACAUCUUGGCUGCUGCUUCCUAGCUGUCAAAGCAUACCAGUAUCUUGGUAAUGAAGCUGCUGCGCUUGAGUUGCUUGAGAGUCCUGAAACAGAAAAAAUGAUGGAGGAGGAGACAAAACUUCUGAACAGUGAGGAUUACCGGCGGAAAAGUCUGCUAAGCAGUUUAUAUUGUUUAAAAGGAUCAAUUCUAGAAAAUAUAGAGAAUAGGGAGCUAGCAGCUCAAUCAUUUAAGAAUGCGUUGCAUGUUGAUGUUUAUUGUUAUGAAGCUUUACAGGCACUAAUAGAACACCAAAUGCUGAACGCACAAGAAGAGAAAAAUCUCUUAAAUUCACUAUUUUCCGAGGAAAACUCUGAAGCUAGAUUGAUCAAAUGUUUAUACUCCAUGAACUUGAAAAAAUACGAUUGUCCGGAAACACCAGUUUUUCCAUCAGAACUCAAAAUGUUCGAGAAUAACUCUGAUGUUAGAGUUUCAAUGGCGGAGAGAUUAUACUACAAUUGUGAACAUAUAGCUGCAUAUAAUAUAACAAGUCAAGUACUACGAGAUGAACCCUUGCACACUAAAUGUAUCCCUCUGCAUGUAGCUCUACUGGUUGAUAUGAAGAAAACGAACCAAUUGUUCCGGUUAGCACAUAGUUUGGUUGACCAGUAUCCUGAGUGGAGUGUUGCCUGGUAUGCUGUUGGAUGCUAUUACUACAAUGUCGGAAAACAAGAUAAUGCGAGAAAGUACCUGAGUAAAGCUACACAACUGGACAGAAUGUUUGGACCUGCUUGGCUUGCCUACGGACACAGCUUUGCUUUAGAAAAUGAACAUGAUCAAGCAAUGGCGGCAUAUUUUAAGGCUUGUCAACUGAUGCAUGGUUGUCAUCUACCUCUGCUAUAUAUAGGACUAGAGUAUAGCCUCACAAACAAUCAGAAUUUAGCGGAAAAAUUCUUCAACCAGGCUCUGUCAAUAGCCCCAAACGAUCCUUUUGUUCUACACGAACUGGGAGUAACUGCUUUCACAAAUCAGGACUAUGAUACAGCUGAGAAGUAUUUUACAACUGCUCUGCUCAAGAUUAAGCAGGUCAAGGAUCAGAACGGAGUUUCAACAGGAUUGGCAGAUAAAUGGGAAUCCUUACUCAACAAUCUGGGGCACACGCUCAGGAAGCAGGGCAGGUAUGAAGAAUCCUUGAGCUAUCACCAACAAGCUCUAGUUCUAUCUCCUCUGAACCCUUCAACUUACUCAGCAAUAGGAUAUGUGCAAACACUCAUUAAGGAUCUAACGUCAGCUGUCGAGUCCUUCCACAGAGCUUUGGGUUUAAGAAAGGAUGAUACUUUCAGUACGAGUAUGCUUAAUGAGGUGGUUGAGCGGCUCAUGUCUGAGGUUGAUCCUUUCCCAGACUAUCCUGAAGAUAUUCCUAGGUUUGAAUGUAGAGCUGACUAUAGAGUGCAGACACCACUAGACACUGUAGAGACAACAAGGUAUUUAUAGACAAAUAAACAUU